AUGCUAACUGAAAGGCGCCGCCUCGUCCCCGAGCAAGGGCCACGCAGGACUGCUGCGCAGAUGGAGGACGACGUGGCCGACGAGCUGCACCGACUGCUCCUCGGCUUCGAGAAGGUGGCACGCAGAGCUGCGUCCAAGGACCCGCGUGGCAACAUUGCCGACGUGCGUGCCGAUGACACCUGGGGUGCGUUCUUUCAUCUGCCCUCUGGUGACGGCUGCGACGAUCGCUUUGAAGCCGGCCACAUCAUUUUCCAGCUUUUUUUCAUGAACUGGUACCGCAUCAUGCUCAGAUCCCUGAAAGCCUUUUUCGGCCCGCUGGAGGGGCAACCACCUCCAAUGCUGGUGCUGCUUCAAAGCCUGCACGUGGGAAAAAACAUUGAUGAGGAGGGUGAUGGCGGCUUUGACGAGGCCACUUCGCUGGCUAUGAAUGGGCGUCAGUACUUCGGCUGCCCGAUCCGGCUCAACACGGCCGACAUCUCGCAGCUCAUCUACACAAAUCGUCUAGUCCAAGCCCUCAAAGUCUUACUGGGCGAAACGAUCACAGAGGCUUUCAACCUGGCCGAAUGGGGUGCCAUGACCAACCUGGCGGAGUUCCUCAUCAACAACAACUUCGCAGACCUGCCGCGGCCGCCGAACGACUCGCCCGCCCUUGUGGACCGGAUGCACAACGCCAUCUGGUACUACAUGGACGAGGUGGAGGAGGCGGCCAAGGAGGUGCUGAAUGCUGGCACGGACGAGCAGUCGAGCCGCUCGAUACACGCCUUCGCUGCCCUCUCGGGACACGACAAGACGUACGCUGCGCAGUGCAUCCUUCUCGUGGCCGUCAUCAACUGGUUCGGCCUGCCGCCAGUAGCUCCUCUGCCCAAGAGCCCUGAGAGCAUCGCCGACAGCGACUCGAACCCCAGCAUUUCUCACAGUCCGGUGCCCCUUCUCGACAGGGGCCUUGACGAUGACGACGACAGCGGCUUUCCAAUGGAGCGGGAGAACACCGACAACACUGACCUCGAUUCCCUGCUUGACUCGCUCCUAGUAGACAUGUCUGGGGCUGUUCAACAGGCGGAACGGACUGUCCUCGGUGCCCUAUUCGACACAAUUGUAAACGAUGUCAGCGCGCAGGAGGACGCAGAGGACGUCGAAGACCCGGCUGGCGCUGCUCUUGACAAUGUCAUGGACAUAGUCCAGACCGACGAUUCGCCUAUGAGCGAAGACGAGAGCGAGCCAGACCUGUCCCAUCUCCAUGGCGCCGGCCUUCGUCUGCCCCAGCAGAUGCCAGCCGGGCUACACUGGGUGCCGCUGGAGGACGGUCUGCGCGAGUUAGGGUCGACAGCACAUCUGCGGACGCUACAGAUCGAGGUCGCAGGCAUGGCUCAGGCAACAUUUGUCGCAGAGGCAGACAGCUUCGAUUCCGACUCAUCGGACGUGGAACCAGACGUCGUACACAUCAAUCGUGCUAACACGCGCAACCGGGAGUCUGUCGAGAAUGUCGAGAAUGCCGAGGGUUUCGAAGAAGCCGAAGGCGAUAUGUUGCUCGACUCAGACAUGGAGGCGGGCCGUCCAGCAGUUCCGACAUCGUGGAGCUUGGACGACCGCGUGGCCGCCACACACGGCCGAGGGCCCUUUUUGUUUGUGAACGGCACCAACGACAGAGACAUGCCGGACCUUGGUCCUCGCGCCGACAGCACUCGCGCCACAGAUUGGGCGCAUCGUGACGGCAUCAUCGGCGGUGAGAUCGAGCUGUACGACAUCCGCCACUUGGAGAGGCUCGGAAUAGCUAGCGACAAGAUCUGGCGGCCGCAAGAGCCCGAAAACGAGGCUGCACCAGAGCGAUCAGGCACACAGCCGGCAGUGCAGAGGCAGAUUCGAUUGGAGCUUCGCCGGAGCUUCGGUUGGGUUCCGCCUCGACGCGACUGGGUGCCCGAAUCGCUGGAAGAGUGCGCCUUCUUCGCUAUCCGCAAGAGCAUGGAGUACCAGCUGUCGGACCUGCCGACGCCCUCGGUCACCGACCUGAUGGUAGCGCUGACGACACACGAGAUCCGGGAGGAGGCUAAGCGUCGCGAGAACGGAAAGCUGCCCCAGCCGCUACCACACGCCAGCGGUCACUGGGAGACGGCGACCGACCCCUCCAUCCCGGCCCUCAUGGCCGCCGUCGAGCUGUACGGCAAAAGCCGCUGUGGCGGGCUCGACCUUCGGCUAGGCAUCAUCAGCGACAACCGCACGCCUAUCCUGAACACCGCCAGCAUUGCCGGCCGACAGCCCACCUUUGUCUGGAUCGACCACGACGGGGCUUCCAGGGUGCAUCGCGACGGAGCGAGGUCGAGACACCGCUAUGCCGCGCUGCGGUCGUGCGAAACACACGGGCGCGCAAGCCACUACAUCCUCGCCGUCUAUCAGCACUGUUUCAAAAAGUGGAACUCGUAG